AUGCAGGUGAAUGAAAACCAAAUGGAGAACAUUCGUCUGCGUCCGCUCUCUGGUGCCCAUGCCGGCCGUAUGCCAGUGACGGAGGGAGUGAUAGAGGUGAAGUUUAAGGAAGGAUGGGGUCACAUCUGCAACACUGGCUGGACCACCAAGAACUCUCGUGUGGUGUGUGGCAUGAUGGGAUUCCCUUCACAGAGAACUAUGGGGAAGAAGCCAAGCAGUCUCCAGACUGUGUAUAGGAUCCACUCAGUGGCCUGCACAGGAAAUGAGGCCCAUCUUUCAGCAUGCUCUGUGGAGUUCAGCAAGGCAAACUCUAGCGCCUCCUGUCCCGACGGAGGAGCUGCUGUAGUCAGCUGUGUGCCCGGGCCGCUGUUCACACAGGGCAGAGCUCGCAGAGUCAAGCUGAAUCCAAUGUCUCAGGUGCGUCUGAAGGGCGGGGCAAAGACAGGUGAGGGUCGUGUCGAGGUCCUAAAGGGGAGUGAGUGGGGUACGGUGUGUGAUGACCACUGGAACCUGCAGUCCGCCAGUGUGGUGUGUAGAGAGCUGGGCUUUGGCACUGCUAAAGAGGCUCUGACCGGAGCACGAAUGGGCCAAGGUAUGGGUCCCAUCUACAUCAAUGAAGUUCAGUGUCGAGGUGAUGAGAAGAGCCUGUGGGACUGUCCUCAUAAGAGCAUCACUGCUGAAGACUGCAAACACAUGGAGGACGCCUCCGUCAUCUGCAACAUCCCCUACAUGGGCUUUGAGAAAUCGAUCCGCCUGACAGGGGGUCGAACGCAGUUGGAAGGGAGGGUUGAGCUGCUGCUUUCUACAGGCAGUGGGGUGAGGAACUGGGGUUUGGUCUGCGGGGACGGAUGGACGUCUCGGGAGGCCAUGGUAGUGUGCAGACAGCUGGGGUUGGGACAUGCCAGCAGUGGCCUGAGAAUCCGUAUAGUGGGGGGCAGGACGGAUCACGAGGGGCGCAUGGAGGUUCAGGUCAAGUCCAGGUGGGGAACUGUAUGCAGUGACAACUGGACCACAAGAGAAGCCAUGGUGGCGUGCAGACAGUUAGGCCUCAGAUACUGCCUGCAUGCUAUCACUGAAACUUGGUACUGGGACAGCAGUAAUGUGACGGAGAUGGUUCUGAGCGGAGUGAAGUGUAAAGGAAAUGAUAUGACUCUGACCGACUGUCAGCAUCAUUCUGUCGUCAGCUGCAAAAGAGCGGGAGCGCAGUUCUCUGCUGGCGUCAUUUGCUCAGACACGGCUUCGGACCUUGUGCUGAACGCUCCACUGGUGGAGCAGACGGUUUACAUUGAGGACCGACCCCUGCACUUGCUGUACUGCGCAGCAGAGGAGAACUGCCUGGCCAAAUCAGCUGCUCAAGCCAACUGGCCGUACGGCCACCGCCGCCUGCUGCGCUUCUCCUCUGAGAUACACAACAUUGGCAAGGCUGAUUUCCGGCCACGGCUCGGUCGCCACUCCUGGGUGUGGCAUGAAUGCCAUAGGCACUACCAUAGUAUGGAUAUCUUCACCUAUUAUGACCUGCUGUCUCUAAAUGGGACCAAAGUGGCAGAUGGACAUAAAGCCAGCUUCUGCCUAGAGGACACAGAGUGCCAUGAAGGUAUUUUGAAACACUACGAGUGUGCCAACUUUGGUGAGCAGGGCAUCACAGUGGGCUGCUGGGACUUGUACAGACAUGAUAUUGACUGCCAGUGGAUUGACAUCACAGAUGUUAUACCAGGAAACUACAUUCUACAGGUCAUAAUAAACCCCAACUUUGAGGUAGCUGAGAGUGACAUUACCAACAACGCUAUGCGGUGCAACUGCAAAUACGAUGGCAACCGUGUCUGGUUGCAUAAAUGUCAUCUUGGUGAUUCAUUCAGCGAGGAGGCUGAGAAAGAGUUUGAACAUUAUCCCGGGCAGCUCAACAACAAGAUCUCUUAACAUUUUUGCGAAUGAACCCAGGAACUGCAAUAACCACAUGGCUCUGGACAAAGAGAAACUUUAAUCACUUAACAUUACUAUUUAAUCUAUUUUGAAUCCAUUGCUACUGUGGUCCAAUCAGAUGUUGUCAUGCUGAGUUUACUUUUAGAUUAGGUCAUCAGAAAACAUCAUGUAGCCAAGGGCCUCAGAGACAGAACAGAGCUGUGAUUGUGGCCUGGGCUUUUGUCCAUGCAAAUGUAAGUGGUUGGUUUAGAGGAAGACAGUGGCUAUACACUUCCUCUUGAACAAAUGCUGAACACCUCAGAGCAGACGUUCACGUGAAAAACCAGUUUCCUUUAAUGAAUUUUCAACAUGCAUCAGGGAAUUAUAAAAGAUGCUUUAUAUGUUUACAGACUGUGAUUGCUGAUGGAAUAGGCUUCUUGUACUUCACAGUAUGUGCAUUUAUGUGUAUGCCCAUGCAGGAUUUGUGUGUGCUGUGUAUAUUUCUGGAAUGCCCUAUAAUCAUGUUUGUAAAAUAUACAAAU